GUUCUCUGCAAAAACGCAAGCUGAACAUGGAAGACACACGGGAUGAAGCAUCUGGACCUGAGGCCCCUGCACAGGUCACCCAGCCAUGUACGUUUUCCAAAUCAUCUUUGAUUAGAAAGCUGAGACAGCACUUAAUCAGUUCACGAUCGAGGCCCACCAUGGCAGCACCGAGCUCCAGUGGACUCGAGGUCCUCCUCAGCACAUUGCAGAAUGCUGGAGACAUUGAGAACAGGCUAAACAUCCUCAAUGUCCUGGAUGAACUGUUGUCAGCAGGCACAGACAGACGGAUUCAUCAUAUGAUAUCGAAAGGAGGCAGCGAGACUCUGCUGACGACUCUGGUGAACUCAGCCUGCAGCUUCACGCCCAACUACACCAUCCUACUGCCGCUGCUGCACCUGCUGGCCAAGGUGGGCUACCGAGAUCGUCAGAUUGGUCUGAAAGCACAGAAGGCAGAUGCAGUUCUGGUGGUUCUGGGUUUGCUGCGGCAGAAUACAGAGAACGCCCGGAGAGCCGCAGCCUGUCUUUGGGUCCUCAGAGUCUUCUGCUCCUCUGUGACCACGGCUGACCUGCUGGGGAAGAACCGAGGGCUGGAUGUGGUCUUCAAGCUUAUAUCUCCACACACCACCAAGCACUUACGCACUGUCAAGGCAGCCGCUGAUGCUUUUGCUGCAAUGUUAUGCUCAAAGGUCAACUGUCGGACUGCCAUCACGAAAGGCUACAUCGCAGAUCUUCUGAAGCUGUACGAAGACUGGCACAACAAUGACGUCAACCUUACGAACAUUCCUAUCCUUAGAGCCCUACUUCAUUGUCUGCAACGUGCCGCCAACUCCGCUGUCGGCAGAGAUGCCCUGGUCGCUGAAGGUGGCAUUAGUCUUCUCUUCCAGACCACUCAGACCUGCUUGACCAUGAAAGGCCUUGAAUCUCUGGUGGAACCGGCGAUCCAGCUGAUGAGGAAGUGCAAUCCCAAAGUCCCUCUUCCACUGACCUCAGAUAAGAGUGCCUUCAGCUUUCCUCUUCCUGGGAGGCCUGUCGAUGACUGGGAUGCUGAUUUAGGACUUUACGAUGGCAGUUUAGAAGAUGACAGUGACGAAGACGAGGAGAACGAGGAGCCAGACAACAGGGACUACGAAGAUGACCUGGAAACAGAUGUGAACAAGCUGCGUCCCCGACCAGAGCCCGACCGGCCCCUAGAGCAGCUGGGUCAAUAUGUAUGUCUCUGCCCUGAGCUGCACCAUGACUUCCAGGAUUUGGACUCCAGCUCUGAGGUCGAUGAAAGCUCAGAUGAUGACAGCACUCUGGAGGGAGACUUGAACGACAAGAUGCCGAGUGACCAGAGAGGCUCCGAUCUGCCUUCCGACCGAGAUGAAAAUCACCUCCGGACGAGUGACUUCCAUAAGCAUUACCUCAACUGCUCCAGGAAAAGCCAAGAAGGCCACUCGAGUAUGGUGGACAGGCUUCUGGAGAAGUACGGGAUCUGCACUCCCAACCACGAUCCACGUCUCUACACCGCCACUGCAGCCAAUACAAAGUCAAUAGCUGGAUACUCCAUCCUAGCCUUCCCUGACUUCUGGGGACACCUGCCCCCACAAGAGCAAAAGCCCAUGGCUAAAAGACCACCACAUGUGCAGAGAAAGAAAGUUUUCGAAGACAUCCAGCGUCUCAUCUGUCCAGAGGACAUCAUCAACAAGGUUGUUUUUGACAUGGAUGAUCCCAGUCCACAGUGUUCCUCCGGUAUGUGUCAUAGUUCCCUUCAAUUCUUCUCCAAAUUUGAGAGCGGGAACCUGCGUAAAGCCAUUCAAGUCCGCAGAAAGGAAGGCAUGCAGCCUGUGCUGUAUUCUGUGAGGGAGGCGCUGGAGGGCAGACCACACUGGGUGCGAACAGGCUCUGAGAUCUGCUAUUACAGAAAUCAUUUCUGCUCUAGAAGAGGUCAAAAAAGUUAUUUUUACACACUGACCUUCACGGUGACCUUUCACCAUGAAGAUGACGUGUGCUACUUGGCCUACCACUACCCUUAUACCUACACCACCCUUCAGACCCAUUUGAAGAUGCUGGAGAAGUCUGUAGACCCACGGAAAGUUUUCUUCAGGCAACAAAACCUCUGCUAUACGCUGGCGGGAAACUCCUGCUCCUUAGUCACGAUCACAGCCUGCCCCACUUCCAGAGCCUGGAAACAUCUGCACCAGCUGCGUAACCGGCCAUGUGUGGUGCUGACAGCAAGAGUUCAUCCAGGAGAGAGCAAUGCCAGCUGGGUACUGAAGGGCACGCUGGAGUUCCUGUGCAGCAGUGAUCCUGUAGCCGAGAGUUUGAGGGGGGCCUACAUCUUCAAAAUCAUCCCCAUGCUGAACCCUGACGGGGUCAUUAAUGGCAAUAAUCGCUGUUCUCUCACCGCUGAGGACCUCAACAGACAGUGGCUGAAGCCAGACCUUAAUUUAAGCCCCACAAUUUAUCACACCAAAGGCUUCCUCUAUUACCUCAACAGCAUAGGCAGGACUCCGCUGGUGUUUUGCGAUUACCAUGGUCACUCCAGGAAGAAGAAUGUGUUUCUGUAUGGCUGCAGUAUGAAGGAAACCCUGUGGCAAUCUGGUUCUCCCAUUAACACAGCCUCCCUGAAAGAAGACCCGGGAUACAGGACUAUUGCUAAAACUCUGGACCGAAUAGCUCCUGCGUUCUCCUUCAACAGCUGCAACUAUCUGGUGGAAAAGUCUCGGGCGUCCACAGCACGGGUGGUCGUUUGGAGGGAGAUCGGAGUCUUCCGAAGCUACACCAUGGAAAGCACUUACAAUGGCUGCAAUCAAGGCAUCUACAAGGGGUUGCAGACAGGGACACGGGAGCUGGAGGAGAUGGGAAUGAAGUUCAGCCAGAGUUUUCUCACCCUCAGGAGUAACGCCAUCCAUUAUAACAGCCGUCUGAUUCACCACGCAUAUGCCCUGUUAGACCUGGACGACAGGCUUCUCCACAACAAAUCCAAUAAUUGUUUCGAGGAUGAUGAACCACCCUGCAUGGAGGAGAUUGAAUAUUCAUCCUGCAGUGACCCAUUUGGUGCCAACGAACUGGACACAGAGGUGAACGGUAACACAUCCAGUGAGGAAGAGGAUGAAGAAGAUGCAGAUAUCUGUAGGAACGGGAGGCGGCGUAAUGACAGGAAGUCCCAUCUCGUUCCUCACUACUUGAAACAGGACGCCCUGGAGACUCUGACAAUCGAGGGUGGACAGUGUAACGGCAUUGACAUCAGUAAUGGCUACUUAUAUUAGGCCUCUUUUGUUUGUCUUUUCUGUUAAACCAAAACAUUUAGUAUUUAGUCCAAGAAACAAAAUAAGACAUGCACACCUGCAGAACAUGUACUAGUCCCACCUGUGCUCCCUGAUAUAAACUAUUUGAAUAUGUAUUUCCUGCAUAAAAGUGCACUUGAAGAGUAAUUGACUGUUGCAUAAUCCUAGUGGCGUGAUGAGCUCAUGCUUUGGUCUAUGCAGUGGGUUGUGGGUUGGUUUACGAAUCACUCUUACUUUAAACUAGAGGCUAAUAGCUUGCUGACAAAAAUACUCUGCUGUAUAACUGGUCUUCCACUGAAACUCGAAAGUAAACACUGGAUAUUGUAAGAUAGCACUGCAUAUAAAGUUUACCUUUAAUAAUAUGUAUUUAUUAUCUUAGAUUGUGAAAAUCAGUAAUCAUGUAUGUUUUUGUGGUUAUUAGUUCCAAAGUGAUGCAUGUAUGUGCGUGUAUACAAAGUUACUGUAUCACUUAGUUUCAUAUAUAUAUAUAUAUA